AUGGAUCCCGCCGAGGCUAAGGAAGCACGCACCGAGAAAAUUGUGUACCACCUCGAGACGAUUUUCACCACCAUCAACCACAUGCUGAUUGCGUAUGUAACGAUCUACCUGUCGUACUAUUCGUACACUCGCGGCUUCGGCAACUUGUUCACAUGGCACGUGUUCCUGUGCUCCGUCGGGUACCAGUUCUUCAUGGCCGAAUCCUUCCUGACGCUGCUGUCCUCGAACUCGUGGACGGAUCGGUACUCGAUCGUUACGAAACGGCGCCUCCACUGGAUCCUGCAGGUGGUGGGCUGUGCUGCAAUCUUCGCCGGGACGAUCAUCGAAAUCAAAAUCAAGGAAGACGCCGGUCGAUCACACUUUAAAUCCGACCAUGCCAUAACCGGUCUCGUAUCGAUGAUCUUUAUCGUGCUGUCCUUCCUGAACGGCGUCGCCGCACUGUACACGACCAAGAUUAAGCACAUUAUCAAGCCGGUCUACGUGAAGAUGUGCCAUUACCUGACGGGCAUUGUCGCCUUCGUUAUCGGUAUGACGUCACUGGCGUUGGAAUACUCACCCCGAAUGAUAUCGCAGAAGCACAUGGACAUGCUAAUCGCUUUUACGUCCAUUACGACCGCCUUCACGCUGCUCGGUGUCUGCAAAACCAUGUUCAAUCAGUUCCGAGCGAUGUGUAAAUAA